GGCAGUUGUCUUAGAUUUUUGUUAUUGCUGUUACGGCGAUCAUUUUCGGAUUACGAUUUCAAACUUCAAGUUUGCAGGAGUUAACUCAUUGUAUUAACUAGGAAAUCUUGGAGAUAAAGUAUACGCCAUCAUGUUUAAGAUUCUUCUAAUGUUCCAAGUACCAAAUGCCGUUGUUCAUGCAUUACAAGAACAUCUACUUACACUGGCUUGAGUUUGAUUGAGAAAACUUGCACUGGCGUAAAAAAAUAAGAUCUAAAAUAUUCUGAAAAAAUGGACUUAAAGCAAUCAGUAGCAGACCAAUUUACAAAUUUGCAUCCAUGUAUGCCUGUGAACACACGGAUCGCCAUAUUAGGAGGUGGGCCUAGUGGUUUAUCAGCCGCUUAUGCACUUGCUAAGCUUGGGUAUAAUAAUGUGACCCUUGUAGAGAAAUACCACACAGUCAGCGGCAUGUGUGAAUCAGCUGAGAUCGAAGGGAAAGUUUAUGACCUCGGAGGUCAAGUUCUCGCAGCAAAUAGUGCUCCCACUAUUUUUCACUUAGCGAAAGAACUCGGGUCUGAACUGGAAGAAAUGGACUCUCAUAAACUGGCCCUAAUCGACAGUUCAACCGGGAAAUAUGAAGACAUAAAAGUUGCUGAUGAUUAUCUCGCUGUCGUUUCAUUGACCUUAGAACUCCAGGAUAAGGCAAAGAAUUCAGGUCGAAAUGGAGUUCAUGCGAUUAGCGAGUUUGCUUCAGAACAAGUUCCUGAAUUCCUGGAAACUAAAGGACUAAAAUCUGUUCCAAAUUCAGUUGUUUACGGAUACACUGCUUCUGGUUACGGAUUUGUUGAAGAUAUGCCGUAUGCUUACAUUCACGAGUUCACACGAACUUCGAUGGCUGGUAAAAUACGACGUUUUAAGGGUGGCUACAUGGGAUUCUGGCAGAAAUUGAGUAAAUCUCUUCCCGUUAAUAUUCAAUGCAACACUGAAGUUUUAGCCAUUAAACGCAACUCCUCAAGUGUGUCGGUCAACAUCAAGAAUAGUAUCGGGGAAGUUGAAACUGUCGAGUUUGAUAAAGUCAUCAUUUCCGGCGCUUUUCCUUUCACAAAUGGGAAAAUGUACAGAUCACCAACCUAUGUUUCACCAGAAACUAAUAAGGGGUUGAUGGAUUUGAGUGAUCUUGAGAAGGAGUUGUUUAGUAAAGUGGAGACGAUAGAUUACUAUACGACCGUCAUGAAAAUAAAAGGGCUAGAUCAUUUGCCGAUAGGGUUUUAUUACUUUGCUGAGUUCAUGAAUCCUUCAACUAUAGGAAAUCCGGUGGCGGUUCAGAAAUUUUAUGCUGAUACAGAUAUAUAUCUUUUUUGGUCUUAUGGUAACGCUGUUGAUGUUACGGGACCACGGGUCACUGAACUUGCAACUGAAGUGGUUAACAGCAUGGGGGGUCAAGUUGAGAGUGUUAUAUUGCAGCGACGAUUUAAAUAUUUUCCUCAUGUUAGUAGCCAAGAUAUGAAGGAUGGAUUUUAUAAUAGAAUGGAGAAUGAACUUCAAGGUCAACAGAACACUUACUAUGUAGGUGGACUUGUUGCAUUUGAGCUUACAGAGCGAAAUUCAUCGUAUUCUAUGAAUCUAAUUCGCAAACACUUUGCGAAUGAUGAUCCUUUGCCGAAAUUUCCAUACGUGAAGAGAUUGUUUCCGCUUUUAUCGGAUAGUUGGGACAGGAACCCAGAACCGUUGGAUGAAUAUCCGGGGGUAACAUUCCCCGACUUAAAUAGCCUUGAUGGCUAUUUAAAGCACUGGGGAACUCAUGAACUAACUCGAGAAAAAACGCUCUACACUUGGAUCAAUGAUGAUGGCGAGGAAGCAUACAAGAGGACAUAUGCCGAACUUAAUGCCAAUGCUUCUUGCAUUGCUCAUAAGCUGUUAACGGGCUCAAAGCCCGUUAUCAGACCUGGUGACCGGGUCUUGUUGCUCCAUGUUCCCGGGCUCGAUUUUGUAGACGCUUUUUUCGGUUGUUUACGAGCCCGAGUACUCCCCGUUCCUGUUCUUCCUCCUGACCCCCUUCAAAGAGGUGGCCAGGCACUUUUGAAGUUAGAAAAUAUCGCUAAGUCGAGCAAUGCAAAGGCGAUAUUAUCGACUGUGCUUUACCAUGGCGCUGUAAGGGCGGGGAACGUAAAGAACUUGAUCUCGUUGUCUAGUAAAGGCGGAAAAAGCUCCGCAAAGUGGCCUAACCUUCCAUGGAUACAUACCGAUUCACUUGUGAAGAAUGCUAAAGGCGCUAACUUCGACAUUAAAGACGAUUCUGAACCGAUGAGGGACGAUCUUUGUUUUCUUCAGUUUACUUCUGGAUCAACUGGUGAUGCUAAAGGGGUUAUGAUAACACAUGGUGGGUUAAUCCAUAAUGUUAAGUUGAUGAGAAAGAGAUAUCAAAGCACGUCGAGAACGGUUUUAGUAAGUUGGCUUCCUCAGUACCACGACAUGGGCCUGAUCGGUGGGCUUUUUACGUCUCUUGUGAGCGGCGGUUCUGCAAUUCUUCUCUCGCCAAUGACAUUCAUUGUGCAUCCGUUAUUAUGGCUUCAAACGAUGAGCAAGUAUCGCGCCACUCACAGUGCUGGCCCAAACUUCGCAUUCGAACUUGUGGUCAGAAGAUUAGAGGGUGCCAAAGAUAAAGUGCUGGAUUAUGAUCUUUCUUCUAUGAAGUUUCUCAUGAUUGCUGCCGAACCCGUUAGGCAAAAAACUCUCAUGAAGUUUAUUCAGCUCACCGCACCGUUCGGCCUUUCUCAACAUGUAAUGGCUCCUGGUUACGGAUUGGCCGAAAAUUGUGUUUAUGUUUGUUGUGCAUAUGGAGAGAAGAAGCCCAUUUUGAUAGAUUGGCAAGGAAGGGUAUGCUGCGGUUAUGUUCAUCCGAGUGACGAAGAUGUUGACAUUAAGAUAGUUGAUCCAGAAACUUGUUUAGAACAUGACGAGCCCGGGAAGGAAGGAGAGAUAUGGAUUAGCAGCCCGAGUGCGGGGAUCGGGUACUGGGAGAAAGAAGAAUUGAGUCAAAGUACUUUCAAGAAUUCACUCGAAAACUGUUCGGGUAAAAUAUAUACAAGAACUGGUGAUUUGGGAAGGAUAAUAGAUGGAAACUUGUUCAUCACUGGAAGAAUAAAAGAUCUUAUUAUUGUUGGUGGAAGAAAUAUAUACUCAGCUGAUAUCGAAAAGACGGUUGAAAGUGCUUCGGAGUUUUUACGCCCCGGUUGCUGCGCUGUGAUUGGUGUCCCGGAGGAAACGUUAUCAACGAAGGGGAUAUCGGUUCCGGAUGGUUCCGAUCAAGUUGGUUUGGUUGUGAUUGCCGAGGUUAGAGACGGUAAACCCGUUAACAAAGAAGUGGUUCAACAAAUUCAGGCCCGGGUUGCAGAAGAACAUGGUGUCUCUAUCGCUUCUGUUAAACUGAUCAAGCCGCGAACCAUCAGUAAAACGACUUCUGGAAAGCUAAAACGAUUUGAAUGUCUUAAACAGUUUACUGAUGGAACUUUGAAUCUUGUCCCGGAACCGAUAGUGACCAAGAAAAGGUUGAUGAGGUCGUACACAACCGGAACAUGUCGAGAAGGGAAUACACCCAGGCCUGAUUUCGUGGCGAAUCGCCCGUUGCCGGAUGCUGGGCCGAGUCACAAAGAGAUUGAAGAGUUUUUGAAAGGUUUAGUUUCUGAGCAAACCGGGAUUUCGGUCAACAAGAUCUCAACAACGGAAGGUUUGACGUCUUACGGGAUUGACUCGAUUGGCGUCGUUAGAGCUGCACAGAAGCUUUCGGAUUUUCUUGGAGUUCCUGUUGGUGCAGUUGAUGUAUUUACAGCCACUUGCAUUUCAGAUUUAGCAAGCUUCUCGGAAAAUCUUGUGAUGAAGUCUCAACCGAACCAAACAACUCAACCGUUUUCUGUUGUUACAGACCACGGAGACGAAGGUAACGUUGACUUGUUGACCGAGGUCUCAACGCUACACCAGUUUGGUAUCUGGACAUUACAAAUAUUGGCACUUGUGUAUAUGUGCAUGAUGCUUGUUCUUCCGGCUUAUCAAUCGAUUUCCAUGUUCAUGAAGUUUAUUCCUUCUGGACAUUCAUGGACGGGGUAUAUAACUUCUUUACUUAUCGCUCCCAUUGUUUGGAUCUUCUGCAUAUUCGCGACUUGCAUCUCAGUGGCGUUCUUUGGUACAUCGUUUCUCCAGCCAAAUUACGCUUUGACCCCUGAGGUCUCCAUAUGGUCAAUGGAUUUUGUGAAGUGGUGGACUCUUUACAAGGCCCAAGAUAUUGCUUCUAAUGUCAUGGCGGUUCAUUUGAGGGGGACGGUUUUUUUGAAAUACUGGUUUGAGUUGUUUGGUGCAAGAAUCGGUUCAUCAGUUCUAUUAGAUACAGUCAAUAUUACGGAUCCGGCUCUCGUUUCUAUAGGAGAUCAAGCUGUGGUUGCCGAAGGAGCAUUGAUUCAAGGACAUGAAGUGAGAAAUGGAGUUUUGAGUUUUAUGCCAAUUAGGAUCGGUCAACGCUCUGAAAUCGGUCCUUACGCUGUGAUCCAAAGAGGAAGCAUUUUAGGUGAAGAGGCUAAAGUUGGAACUUUACAGAAAACGGAAACCGGAAAGCCUGUUUCUAGAUCAGGCAGGCGCAAAAACGUUCAAAAGGAUGUGGCGAACGAUACUCAAACCGAAGCGAUCUAUCACCUGAUGGGUAUUUAUGUGGUCGGGUUUCUUAGUUCUCUUUCAGCCGCAAUUGCAUACUUCCUUUAUGUCUCUAUAUAUCAAGAAUCACCAUCUCUUAAACACUUCUCAUUUCUCUGUGUUGCCGGGGCUUUUCACUGGCUUCCUUUCACCAUCAUUGCGUAUGCAGCCAUGAUCUUCACUACCUCGGUGCACCCACUGACCUUUGCCACAACACUAUCCGCCGGUUACCUCGCUCAUGGCUUGAUCCUCAGCCUUUUAACCUGCACCGUCACACGGUUUCUUGACAAAGAAGACGAAAGCCCGUUUGAACAGUGGCUUCGCCACAGAAUAAACAUUGCUUGCCAUCUCAGAUUCGCUAAGCUUCUUUCUGGAACCGAAGCCUUCUGCGUGUACUUGCGACUGUUGGGUGCUAAAAUCGGAAACCAUUGUUCGAUUCGCGCCAUUAAUCCGGUUUCAGACCCGAGGUUGAUUUCACUUGGUGCUGGUGUUCAUUUGGGUGACUUUAGCAGGAUAGUCGCUGGGUUUUAUGCGAGAAACGGGUUCAAAAGUGGGAAUAUCAAAGUCGAUGAUAACGCAGUGGUUGGGAGUCAAAGCAUUUUGCUUCCGGGUUCAGUUGUUGAAAACAGCGUGAUUCUUGGAGCUCUUUCGGUCGCUCCAGUUGAUUCGGUUCUCAAACGGGGCGGUGUUUACAUCGGGUCUGAAACUCCUGUUAUGAUAAAGAACACCAUGCAUGAUUUAGACGACCGCAUUGAAGAAAUGGACAUGAAAUACAAGAAGAUUGUCGGUAAUCUAGCUGCUAAUCUUGCUGCCACUACUCUUAAAGUCAAGUCAAGAUACUUUCAUCGGAUCGGAGUUAGUGGAAAGGGUGUUCUCAAGAUUUACGACAACAUAACCGGGUUCCCGAAUCACAAAAUCUUUUACCCCGGGAAGAAUUACCCUGUGAUUAUCAGACACAGUAACAGCUUAAGUGCAGAUGAUGAUGCAAGAAUCGAUGCACGCGGUGCAGCUGUGAGAAUACUAACUGAAACCGGACCUGAAACUCCGCUUCUUGACCUGACUUUGAAAAGUGGCAAUGCAUUCUACGCGAGAACGAUCUCUGAUUUUGCCACAUGGCUUGUUUGUGGGUUGCCAGCUAGAGAGCAGCACGUGAAGCGGGUCCCGCAUGUGCGUGAUGCUGUAUGGACAUCUCUUCGAAACACGGAUUCAUUCACUAACCUGCAUUACUUCUCAAACAUAUGCAGGCUUUUUCGGUUUGAAGAUGGAAGUGAAAUGUAUGUGAAGUUUAAACUAAGACCUUUUGAUGAUAAGAUCACUGAAGAUUCGGGUAAGGUUGAACCGAUUGGAAUUCUUCCUCCAGAAACUGGUGCAAUUCCAAGAGAUGUUAAUGACAAACGGCCACCGCUUUUCCUUGCUGAUGAUUUUAAAACCCGUGUGAGUCAGCCGGGUGGUGUCCGGUAUAUUUUCCAGUUACAGUUCCGACCCGUGCCCAAUGAUGAUGUCACCAAAGAUGUCGCCCUUGAUUGCACAAAACCAUGGGACGCGACAGAAUUCCCAUACGUCGAUGUGGGAGAGAUAACGAUCGACCAGAACAACACUCAACAACAAUCUGAGGAACUGGAGUUUAAUCCUUUUCUCAGAUGCAAUGAGGUGGAUGUUAUUCGCGCCACGUCAGCUUCGCAAAGUGCUUCAAUCGAUCACGGCCGUUCAUUGAUAUAUGAAAUAUGUCAGCAUUUGAGAAAUGGUCAACCGCUUCCUGAGUCCUGGAGGAAUUUCAUAGAGCAGUCAGACGUCAAAGUUGACCUGUCGGGAUGUCCAAUGGCAGCCACAUUAGCGACGGAAAACAAGUCAACCGAAGUGACUCUCACAAGAACUUGGUAUCAAACUUCAUGGACGCUAUUCGGUCAACCUUUGUUGCAGACAUUCUUGCCUUACUACCUUAUGGGAUUACUAAUCGCGGGUCCUCUAAACUUAAUGUUUUAUGUAAAAGAAAAGAACGGGUACCCAGUUCAGUGGCUGCUGCCAGUAUUUUGGGUGUGGUCUGGUAUGUGGGCAGGGUUAGCAUGUGUUAUCGCCAAAUGGGUCGUCGUCGGAAAGAAGAAAGAUGGUGGGAGCGUGCUGAUAUGGGGAAAAGAAGUUUUCAUGGACACGAUAUGGCAGGCGUUCAGGACAUUAGUAGGGGAGUAUUUUAUGGAAAUGGUGAGUGGUUCGUUUUUGUUUACAGUGUGGAUGAAGAUGAUGGGAUCGGAGAUUGAUUUGAACCAAGGGGUUUAUGUGGACAGCAUGGGGGCGGUGUUGAACCCGGAGAUGGUGGAGAUAGAGGGCGGUGGAUGUGUGGGGCGGGAGGCACUGCUGUUUGGUCAUAUAUAUGAAGGUGAUGGUGGAAAGGUGAAGUUUGGGAAGAUUAGAAUUGGGGAAGAUGGAUUUGUAGGGAGUAGAAGUGUUGUUAUGCCAGGAGUGAAUGUGGAGAAUGGGGGCAGUCUUAGUGCACUCUCACUUGCAUUCAAGGGAGAAAUCAUCAAGUCAAAAUAGUUUUUGUUAUGUUAUAUGUGGUUUAAUAACAUUUACAUCAUAUAACUGAUGUAACAAAAUAAAACAUUUCACAUUUAUUAAACUAUCAAUACAAAACAUGUCCUGCAAGUGAUAUCAUGAAACAUGCCUCCUAGAUGCAGUUUUUAAUUAAA